UAUAUUUGUAUGAACAGUUUUUGACAAAGGGAGAUAAUGAACCAGUUAGAGAAAUGACUCUGCCUAUAAUUCCAAAGGAAACCAGCAAUGUUGUGAAAAAUGUUCCCAUCACAUCAAAGGAAAAUAGCAACAUUUCAAAAAAUGAGUUGACAAAGUACCCGUCCCCGCCUCCGCUCAGGCUUGCCUCCCCGGACAGAGACACUGCUUCGGCCAGAGAGAGACGCAAGAGACAAAAAGAGGAAUUGUUACGAGAGCUGGAUGAAGCUCGGGACGCUCGACGGGCAGCGGAACGACAGCGAGAAGAACUUGUCAAACACGCUAAACAAAUGCAAACAAAAACACAAAAUAAAAGAAAUCAUGCUCGAGAUUUAUGGAAAAAAAGGUAUUUUGAGGAGAAAAAGAAGACUGGUCCAUUAGAAGAACAGUGUAACAGACUACGGCACGAAUUGGACAUUAUACACAAAAAAUUACUCACAACUCUAGAGGGACCUAAAGAAAAAGCUACUAAAUUAAAUGAUAUAAAACCCUCUAAUAAGAUAUACAAAUACUUUGAUAGAGAGUUAAGAGCAUACAGGAAAUUGAAUAACUUCAAAAUUCAAGCAACUCGAUUGCAACAUGAAAUAGAAGAUGUAAGACGUAGGGUGGAUCAUGCAAAAAUGAAAUUAACCAGUGAAAUGAAGAACAAGCCGUACCUAACCAAGUUUUAUGCUAAGAAAGUCUACGAAAUCAAGCAGAAACUGAACUCCGAGCGUUACGAGCGGAGCUGACACAGAAGAAAAUAAACUUGACCUUAUCAAGAAACUCUCAUUUAACAACAUACGCACCUCCCGCAGCAGACGUCAAUUUAAUAUCAACAAGAACUGGACUAACGCCAAGAUCUUAGUUCUGUUAUUCUGUUGAUUAAAUUUUGUUAUUUAAAGUUUUCAUAUAUUUAUAUAUUCUACGUAUUUAUUCUACGUAAAAACUCUGGCAUAAACAGCAUCGCCUGCAUUAGGUCGACUGACGGGAAUAUGAACAGUUACUGAUGGAAUAUCGCAAAAGCAAAAAUUUUAAAUCAUGAGAUGAUUCCAACAUUAUUACCUUCAAGAGGAAGAGUAACAACUUUAUUUGAGUGUCUGAUGCAGCACCAUCAUUAAUCUGUACACUUAAAUGAAAAGUCAUUUUACAUUUGUGAUGCUAUCAAAAUCAUUGCUGCAUCCGUCUGAACAAGGUAUCGUCUGCCUAUUUUUCAAGUGAACUACUCCGUUGUUGCAAAACAAAUACAGUAAUAGUGAAUAUUAGAAACAAAAGAUGAAGUAAAAAGCAAAGGUUAGGUUAUUAUAGCCUACACCAACCUAACAGGUUGUGAGGUCAGUGGGUAUGUCUUGAUGAAAUUUUCUUAAUUUGUAGUAUCACCUCGUGUCAGAUGUUGCCAUACUAUGAAUAAGACUCGAGAAGGGGAAAAUUUUAGUCGCGCCAUGACAAAAUCAACAAAGUGUGUUUGUGACCAGCAUGGAUUCAGACCAGCCUGCACAUCUCUGCAGUCUGACCAGGAUCCAUGCUGUUUAAUUACAAGCCCUAUUACAAGUAGAGAAACUGAUAGCUAACAGCAUGGAUCCUGAUCCGACUGUCGCACACGCACUAUGUUUGUAGUGGCGCGGCUCAAAUAAGUUAGUUACGCAAGUUCAGUGCCAGAUAUCUCUGCUGAAUGAAUGUUUGAUGUUUAUCAAAUUUCAGUUUAUAAAUAAUCUAUAAUACAUAUUUUUCUCCAAAAAAAUAUUCAUUGCAUAUCAUUAUAGAGUGCAUCUUAUUGUAUAAUACCAUUACUUAGGCGAAUAUAUACAUUAUUGAAACAUGUUGAUAUGAACGAAAAUUUAUUAGAAACAACAUGUACCAUAUAUUUCUUGUACAUACUUUAAAGCAACUUAUUUAUAAUAGAAACUCUCUUGUACAGGACAGUUUUUUAAUUGUACAAAUUCUAUAAAAAGUUCACUCGAUGUUGUGUGAAAAAUCUUUAUAUUUAAUAUACCAGUUUUUUUAUCAUUUCUUUUCAAUCAUGUUUUUUUUUUUACUAGUCAUUAUCUGUGAUAAUCAAAUGUUAGUGUUAAUUACAAAAAAAAAAAGU